UUGAAGCAACGCCCACACAAUAGGUGUGGUAUAAAUAACAAAAAUGGCUCUAGAAGAAAUCAGGUCUCAGUUAAAAGAGACGGAAGCUGUCGAGGCGUUAGUUGCUGCUUAUAGUCUAGAGGUACAACACAGUUUAAAGGCAAAUGUAGAUUUUGGUGGAAUAGAGGAAGACAUUGCAAUACAAUGUCCUGCUCCUGGUUUUGUCCUCAGUUUCAGUAAAGGAGACUACCUACACAUCAAACAAGACUAUACUGAGGACUGGCUCAUCGGACGUGUAGUCGGCUCAGAUACUGGACUAGGAUUCCUCCCAAGUGAGAAGCUAUUGCAGAAGGUGACCGAUGAUAAAAGAGGUGUUGCUGAGCCUGGAGAUGUUCUGUAUCAAGUUAUAGUCUAUCAGAAAGCUCCAAUAGUACGUCCCAUUGUACUGAUGGGCCCUUCACUGAAAGGAUGUAAUUUGACUGACUCCCUACAGAAUGCUUUGCUGGGAGUACUGACAAGAAAGUUCUCCGAUAGGUUAGUAAUCGUGAAGUCGAAGGCAUCAGUGUCAUCUCUUAGUCCUAGACAAGCAUAUGAACUUAAGUCUCAAGUCUAUGAAGCUGGUAAAAGCAAUCACAUUGUCUACCUUGAUUGUGACGCUAGCUGUCCUUCAGAGAUCAGUAACCUUGAACUACACCCACUCAUUGUCUACAUACAAGUCAGUCGUAUUGAAGUCCUUAAUAAACUCCUUCGCUCCACUUGCCAAGACAAAUCAAAACGGAGCGAGUUAUUGGCAGCUGCUAAUUACUUGUAUGAUCUUCCAAGAGGCAACUUUUCACUUAUACUGACCGAUAGCUUUCUUGAUGUUGCUAGUCGGAAACUGGAACUGUUUCUGGAGAGCUACUGGAUUUCGACACACCCUCCAAUCCCACCCACAUAAAACAGGCCAUGUCUCUCUUUAAAUUUUUAUAUCACAAAUAAUAAUGUAUGAUAUUAGUCUAUAAUUAUGUUUCUGUUCUUGUGUUGUUGUUAAAUUAUAUUCACAUUUUUCGCA